AUGACAUCUCGAGAGCAGCUGGUGCAGCAGGUGCUGCAGGAGCUGCAGGAGGCAGUGGAGUCCGAGGGCCUGGAGGGUCUUGUUGGUGCUGCUCUGGAGGCCAAGGAGGUCCUGUCUUCCUUUGCUCUCCCCACCUGCCGGGAAGGAGGCCCCGGCCCCCAGGUGCUGGAGGUGGACUCAGUGGCCCUGAGCCUGUAUCCAGAGGAUGCUCCCCGGAACAUGUUGCCGCUGGUGUGCAAGGGUGAGGGCAGCCUGCUGUUUGAGGCGGCCAGCAUGCUGCUGUGGGGCGACGCAGGUCUCAGCCUGGAGCUGCGGGCCCGCACCGUGGUGGAGAUGCUGUUGCACAGGCACUACUACCUCCAAGGCAUGAUCGACUCCAAGGUGAUGCUGCAGGCUGUGCGCUAUUCCCUGUGCUCUGAGGAGUCUCCCGAGAUGACCAGCCUGCCGUCUGCCACGCUAGAAGCCAUCUUUGAUGCAGACGUCAAAGCCACCUGCUUUCCUAGCAGCUUCUCCAACGUGUGGCACUUGUACGCCCUCGCCUCUGUCCUUCAGCGCAACAUCUACUCCAUCUAUCCCAUGCGCAACCUCAAGAUCCGGCCCUACUUUAACCGCGUCAUUCGGCCCCGCCGCUGUGACCACAUGCCCGCCACGCUGCACAUCAUGUGGGCUGGCCAGCCCCUCACCAGCCACCUCUUCCGCCACCAGUACUUUGCCCCCGUGGUGGGGCUGGAGGAGGUGGAGGUUGAAAGUGCCACCACUGGGCUGGCCCCGACUCCUCCAGCCCUGGCCUCGCUGCCCCCGCCUGCCAAGACCCUGGAGCUGCUCAACCGGGAACCCGGCCUCAGCUAUUCCCACCUCUGUGAACGCUACAGUGUCACCAAGAGCACCUUCUACCGCUGGCGGCGGCAGUCCCAGGAGCACCGGCAGAAGGUAGCCACCCGCUUCUCAGCCAAGCACUUCCUGCAGGACAGCUUCCAUCACGGGGGCGUCGUGCCACUGCAGCAGUUCCUCCAGAGGUUCCCCGAGAUCUCCCGCUCCACCUAUUAUGCCUGGAAGCACGAGCUCGUGGGCUCUGGCGCCUGCCAGGCCCUGGCCUCCAAGGAGGCUCUGGCGAUGGAGGAGCUGGAGAAGCUGCCGGAGGAGCAGGUUACCGAGGAGCUGGGAUGCUCCUCGCCGGCAGCGUCAAGCCCUGGAAUGGUCUUAAUGCAGCGGGCCAAGUUGUACCUGGAGCACUGCAUCUCCCUGAAUACACUGGUACCCUAUCGCUGCUUCAAACGCAGGUUCCCUGGCAUCUCCCGGUCCACCUACUACAACUGGCGCCGAAAGGCCCUCCGAAGGAACCCCAGCUUCAAGCCAGCACCAGCCCUCUCAGCAGCCGGGGUGCCUCAGCCAGCAUCUGUUGGUGAGAAGGCCUUACCCCCUUGCAAGGAUGAGGCAGGAGAGGGGGCAGGGAAAGCAACAGGUGGGGGACCACCCGCUCCCCGGGAGUUCCUGCCUCUGAGGAUGCCCCUGUCCCGCUGGCAGAGGCGUCUGCGCAGGGCGGCCCGCAGGCAGGUGCUGAGUGGGCACCUCCCCUUCUGUCGCUUCCGUCUCCGCUAUCCGAGCCUGUCACCCUCCACCUUUUGGGUCUGGAAGAGUCUUGCCCGGGGUUGUCCCAGAGGCCUGUCCAAGCUCCAUAUACAGGCCCCCACUUUGGGCAAAGGGGGCAUGCAGGAGGCAGAGGAGAAGCAGGAGAAAGAAGCUGGCAGGAAUGUGACAGCUGUCAUGGCCCCACCUGCAGGGACCCCACAGGUGGCAGCUUCUUCAGGAGAGGAUCCUGCGAAGGCCCUGGGAGGGCCUUCCAGAGAGGGGGCCCUGCAAGAAGGGGCUGCAGCCCAGGGCCGGCCCCCCAGUGGGUCCCUGACCAGCCAUCCUGUGGUGGCCGAGGCAGUGGGUGGUGGAGACGGCCAGGUGCUGGUGAUGGACAUGCUCGCCACCACAAAGUUCAAGGCCCAGGCCAAGCUGUUCCUGCAGAAGCGCUUUCAGUCCAAGAGCUUCCCCUCCUACAAGGAGUUCAGUGCCCUCUUUCCCCUCACUGCCCGCUCUACCUACUACAUGUGGAAGCGUGCCCUCUAUGAUGGCCUCACCCUGGUCGAUGGCUGA